AUGUCAUUGUAUGUCGAACUAAAACAAACCGUUCUGCGCCAGUAUUAUCGUCGUGCAUACUGGUUUCAACGAUUACCAAUGAAUCAAAAAUUUACUCUUCUGCUGCUUGCAGCCAUCUUAAUUUUCGGCACAACUAUUCUCUAUAAUUCUUAUUCAUCACCUGAUUCAAUAUCUAUUGUUUCUGGCAGCCCGGUGCGUGUGGACUUUUUUGUUAUGUCAAAAUGUCCUGAUGCACGAAAAUGCGAACUAUUAUUUACUCCAACUUUGUCGAAACUAUUUCCCAUUGUUAAUUUUACUGUAUCCUACAUUGGAUAUGAAAAAAAAUCAAAUGAAUUCGAAUGUAUGCAUGGCCCAAGUGAAUGUCUUGGUAAUAAACAACAAUUAUGUGUACAAAGUAUGAGUUCACAAACAACGUUACUGAAAUUCCUUCAGUGUCAAUCAAGAAACCUCGAAAACAUUCCUGACAACGGUGAACGAUGUGUCAAAGAAACAUCGGAUGAUACAUUGAAAUGGUCAGAUAUUGACGCAUGUGUUAAAUCUGAUAAAGCCAAUGAACUAUUCCAUAAAUCACUAGAAAAAACACGUUCAGCAUCUGCUACAAAAUCUUGUACCAUUCAUUUAAAUGGAAAAUUUUGGUGUAUGCAUGAUGGUACCUGGUAUGGAUGUUCAGAAGGACGUGAUGAAAAGAGUUUAAUCAAAUCUAUCUGUUCAAGAUAUAAUGGACCUAAUAAAUCUACUGAAUGUGGUGCUUCUAUUUAA